AUGUCAUCAUCAACAGCGUCGUCCCUUGCGACCACAACGAAGUCCCCCAAGACCAAUUAUCUGUUAUUGCUAUUGCAGAUGUCUGAUAUAGAGUUGGACAAUCAAAUAAAGGACAAUAGUAAAUGGAAGAAGCGGUCAGAAGAGACCACUCUCGGUGUCCAUUUUCCGGAGCUUGACAAUGCGUCCUUAGGAGCCACCAAUCUCGUACUUAUUGGAUCCAGCAUGCUCGAACGGUUCAAAACAACUGGUCAUGAUCUCAUUUUAGGUUCAAAGCCAGUAAUUUUCAACGCCGGGGUAGGAGGCGAUACAAUCCCCAACGUACUUUACCGCAUAAAUCUAGGCCUCCUCCGGAAAGCCAAGACCCAAGAGAAAGUGGGAAUGGUGAUUAUCAAUAUCGGUUCUAAUGAUUUGAAAAAACCCGGUCGAAGCUUGACCGAAGCUCAACUUUACCAAUUCGCUCUUCACUUGGAGGCAUUGAGAAGAACAUUCCCCCGAGCACGAAUCGUGGUUACGGCAUUAUUCUACAAGAAAGAUGUCCACCUAUUAGAUGUUGAUAGAAGUAACGAGGAUCUACAAAAUUUAGUCUCGGGAUUGCCUGGUGUGGAGUGGCUAGCAGCACCGGAAGUCGAGCUUGACAACCAUUAUGAGGAUCACGUUCACUUGAACAGAGCUGGUUAUGAGAUAUGGGAUAGAUGGCUGGUGGAUAAACUUGGGAUUUAG